AUGAAUUUAAAAUCCAAUGUUGAUAUUAACUACAAUAAUACUGACGACGAUAACAAGUCAAAGUUUUUAGAAACUAUGAAAUCUAUUAUAAAGAAAGAUGAUGCAGACCAGUUAUUGAAUAUACUAACAGAUCGUAGAUGGGAUAUUAAUACAACUAAUAUAAGUACUAAUGAGGAAGAUAAAAUUAAUCCUAUGGAAAAACAGUCUCAUUCCAGUCAUAUACUCUUAAAAAAUGAAGAUAAAGCAAACUUACUACAUUCACUUUUGAUUUGUUCUGCUUUUAUUCCUAUGUGCUUUAACAAAUUUCGUAUUUGUUAUGGCAAAGGCAUUGAUCUCUGUGCUUACCAAACUAUACUUUUAUUAUACCUUAAUUCUGUUCACUUUACUUAUGCCAGUCUUCGUUUAACAGAAAGUAGUAAUCAUAACCAAUCAAUGUUUACUAUUAGUCAUUUGGUAUUUGCUGAUUACAAGUAG